GGAAACCUCGUCUGUCUGUAAGCGCCUUUUCUUCGCUGUCAGUUUUGCAAAUGUCGACUGAAUUUCAACUUUGAUCAGUAAAAAAAAACAAAAACAAAAUUUCAAUGCUAUUUCAAUUUCCCUAUUAUUUCAACUCAAAACCCUAAAAUCUAGUUGAUUUUUUGUCAAAAUUCUGCAAACAUUGAAGUUAAAAUGGCUGAAAAACCACCGCCAAAACCGAUUUCACCUCAAGACUGGGAAUCCUUGGUUGAAGAUUUCCAGCACGGCGGCUACCGCCGCGAGAAAUGGUGGUCCCUUUCCCCGUCCAUCUCCGAACUCGCCCUUUCUUCAAUCCUCAAAAAGGAAUUCACUUUCAAAAUCCCCCUCGUAAUCUUCCUCGAAGAGUUUUCCGAUCUCUUGUUCCCCCCAAAUUCACUUUCUUCCCUCUUGGAACGCCUCGUUGAAACCCUACGCACCGUCGUGCAAUCUCCGAUCGAUGGCGUCCACGUCACUUACGCUUUGAAAGAGCAGAUGAUGAUUUCGACGACCUCGAUUUUGAUCUCUACUAACUCCGUCGAGUCCGUCCAGGCUCGGUUGACAGAAUCCGUGGUCGAGCUUUUGCUGGCUGUUAUAAACCGGCCGAACCAUGGACCGGACCGCCACGCGCGUGCUAUUGCUUGUGAGUGUUUACGUGAGUUGGAAAAAGCUUAUACUUGUUUACUCUCCGAUGUUGCUGGUCAUUUAUGGAGUUUAUGCCAAAGCGAGCGUACCCACGCUUCGCAGAGCUACAUUUUGUUGUUUACAACUGUAAUUCAUAAUGUUGUGAAUCGAAAGUUGAAUGUUUCUGUUUUGAAUACUUCGGUGCCUUUGGUUCCUUUUAAUAUACCACAAUGGGUUUUAGGAUCGGAAAAUGAAGGGUUAUUAGAGUUGAAUUAUAAGGAAUUGAGAAGAGCCAUGGCAUUUUUGUUGGAAUGGCCGCUGGUUUUAACUCCUUGUGGGAUGAUGGUUUUUAUGGGGAUGAUAAUGCCAUUAGCAGUGGAUUUGGAUUUGCAGCCUUCUAUGUUGAAAGUUCAGUUUUUCGGGAUGAUUUAUUCGUUCGAUCCCUUGUUGUAUCAUGUUGUUUUGAUUAUGUAUUCACGUUUUUCUGAGGUGUUUAAUGAGCAGGAGACGGAGAUUGUCAGGAGACUUUUGUUGUUUUCAUUGGAAUCGCAGCAGUAUUUGGUGAUCCGAUUGCUUUCGGUGCAUUGGUUGAUGGGUUUUUUGAAUGGAUUGAUGGUGAAUGGAGAAGAUGCGGAGAAGAAGAAGCUGAUUGUAGAGAUGGGUUUCAGGUUUUAUCCGAGUGUGUUUGAUCCACUUUCGCUCAAAGCACUUAAGCUAGAUUUACUUGCCUUUUGUUCUGUUUGUAUUGAUUCGUUGAAACCUCAAACUGUUUCGGAUAUGAUUGUUGGGGACGAGAAUUCAGUGGUGAAGCUCUUUCAAGAUGGUCUAGUAUCGGUUUCGGCUUUCAAAUGGAUGCCUCCUUGGAGCACUGAAACCGCAGUGGCCUUCCACACAUUUCAUAAGUUUUUGAUAGGUGCAUCUUAUCAUUCUGAUGCUGAUCCUUCCACCACAACUGCACUUAUGGAGUCCACCAUUUUUAAUCAUUUGAAGGGGAUGUUGGUUGACUUGAUACUGGAGUUUCAGAGAUUGGUCCCUGUCAUUGUUGCUUUUAUUGACCGUUUGUUAGGCUGCCAAAAGCAUCUUUGGUUGGGAGAGCGCCUGCUUCAAACAAUCGAUGCAAAUCUUCAUUCUAGAGUCGUAAUUGACUAUAGACUAGUUUUGUACUUCCCAAUUUUUGAUAGAAUUGCUGAAAAUCAAACAAUACCUCCACGUAGGUUGUUAAAUCUGCUAACCAAAUUCAUGGCUUUCCUUGUUGAGAAACAUGGCCCGGACACUGGUGUGAAGUCUUGGUCUCAGGGUAGUAGGGUCCUUGGCAUUUGCAGAACCAUGCUGACCCACCAUCAGAGUUCUCGAUUAUUCCUUGGUUUAUCCCGUCUCCUUGCAUUCACCUGCCUUUACUUCCCCGAUUUGGAGGUCCGUGACCAUGCAAGGAUCUACUUGAGGAUGCUGAUUUGUGUUCCCGGAAUGAAGCUUAGAGGAAUGAUGAACCUUGGAGAGCAACUCCUUGGUAUUUCCCCCUCAUCUCAUUCUGCAUCAUUCUUCAAUGUGCCAUCGCCUCGGCAUUAUCCGGAUGUCAAGAAAUCUAAGAACAUUUCAUCCUAUAUCCAUCUUGAACGGAUGAUAACACUACUUGUCAAGCAAUCUUGGUCAUUGUCUUUAUUACCUAUAGGGGUUGGGAGUGGCAAACUGGAUUUUUCAGGUGGCUUUAGGGAUACUGAAGCCUCGACAGAUGAAAGAGAGCUCGAUGCCAAUAUUCAAUUUCAGACUAUAUCAGAAGACAAGAGAAUUGAUAAACCAGAGGCACCACUGUAUGUGAUGGACUCAAAAGUUUCGGAGAUUUUAGAGAGAUUAAGGAGACAUUUCUCGUGUAUUCCUGAUUUUAGACAUAUGCCAGGGCUUAAGGUUAAAAUUCCAUGCUAUUUGAGAUUUGAGUCAGAGCCUUUCAAUCAUGUAUGGGGAGGUGAGUCCUCAAAGAAUGGGUUUCAUGGUGUAGAUGCCCUCCCUGCCAUAUAUGCAACGGUGUUGAAAUUUUCAUCACUGGCUCAAUAUGGAUCUAUACCAUCUUGUCACAUACCUUUUCUUCUCGGUCAACCUCCGGUGAGUGGUUAUUUACCUGCUGAAACUGAUUCACUAGACAUCGUUGCUAAGCAUGAUGAUUUUGGUGGAGAGAUCUAUAAAGCUCCUGCAAUGAUUGAGCUGGAUCCACGUGAGCCAACACCUGGUGUGGUUGAUGUUUUCAUCGAAACAAACGGGGAAGAUGGUCAGAUCAUCACCGGCCAGCUGCAAAGUAUUAUGGUGGGCAUUGAAGACUUAUUUCUCAAAGCUAUCGCCCCACCAGAUAUCCGGGAGGAUAUUUUACCUGAUUAUUACUCGGACUUGUUCAAUGCUUUGUGGGACGCAUGUGGCACUACUUCCAACACCGGGCGGGAGGCUUUCUCUCUAAAGAAUGGCAAGGGGUUUGCGGCUGUCAAUGGAACGAGAUCUGUGAAGCUGCUUGAAAUUCCUCCAGAAUCUCUAAUUCAUGCUACCGAACGUUAUCUGGCACCAUUUGUAGUAAGCGUAAGUGGUGAGCGCCUUGUUAACAUGGUAAAGGAUAGAGGAAUUAUCAAGGACGUCAUAUGGAAAGAUGAUGUCUCAGGCCUUUUGCUUGAUGCUACCACCUCGGCUACCAAUCAAGACACUAUGCCCCUCUAUCUUACUUUUGUCGAAAAUGAAGACGAGCAGGAAAGUCAGUUAAACAUCGGCAAGAGAAGUAUGGGUUGCAUCCAUGUCUUGAUUUUCCUUCCCCCAAAGUUCCAUCUCUUGUUCCAAAUGGAAGUAAGUGAUGCUUCAACUUUAGUUCGUAUUAGAACCGAUCACUGGCCAUGCUUAGCUUACAUUGAUGAUUAUUUGGAGGCAUUGUUUUUGUCGUAAGAGCUUACAAUAGAAAAUUGCAGUUUGAGGAUACAAGAAAAAAGUUACAUCUGUUAGGAAUUCAAACUUCAAACUUGUCGGAUGCCAUUUUUUUAAAGGUGAUUGCAUGAACCAAUCGGGUUAAGCUUCGAGAUUUCACUGCAUGCACUGAAUAGAAGAUGCUGGAAUUUGAUCUUUGGUCCUAUUAGAUGUCAUUUUUCAAAGGUAAUUUCCUGAACCAAUUGAACUAAACUUCGAGUUUCAUUGCAUUC